AUGCUGGCGGCGCUGCCGGACGGCGAUGAGCGGGAGCUGGAGAGCAGCGAGGAGGGCAGCGGCGGUGUGGGAGACGAGCGGCGGCCGGAGCGGCACGGCAGCACCUACCACAGCCUGUACGGCUACCGGAGCCGCAGGUCAUCACGGCGGGGAGCGGAUGGCGGCGAUGGCGGCGCGGCACCUGGGAGCCCCCCCGGCCGGGACUUCAGCCUCUCUUUGCUGGACACAAACUUACCAGCUGAAGCAGAAACCGAACUGCGUGGUUUUAUUGCUAAACGCCUGGCCAAAGCAGCUGUUUUCGAAGGGAUGGGGAAUGUAGCAACUGUGGAUUUGAGUAUACCAGAAUGUAAAGUUGGUUGUUAUUACUGUCUUUUCCAACAAGAAAGUCUUCUAGAAACAGCAACACUGGAAUCAGAAAUCAGUGCUCCAGAAUAUGUAGUUUGUUUCCUAGGUGGCUCAGAGAAAGGUCUGGAACUUUUCAGACUUGAAUUGGACAAAUACGUUCAAAGUCUGAAGCUAAGCCUUGACUUGGAGCAGAAAACGUUGGAGACUUGUGUUAACCCCUACUUAAGAAGCUGGUUUGAGAAUUCCAUAUGCCCAAUUCAGAGAGUAGUACAGCUCUUCCAGGAGAAACUGGCCUUCUUGUUACACGCUGCACUGAGUUAUACUCCUGUGGAAGUAAAAAAUGCAGAUGAAAGAACAGAAAAAGACAUUAGCAGGUUUCUGGCAGCUGCUAGCCUCCAAGGCCUUGUUCAGGAAGGCACAAUGACCUCCUUGUGCAUUGCCAUGACUGAGGAACAGCACAAGUCAAUGGUUGUAGACUGUACUGGAGCCCAGCUUCAGCUGCACAAUGCAGGAAGCAACAGAUUCUGUGAGGACUGGAUGCAUGCUUUUGUAAAUGGUGCUGAAGGUGGAAAUCCAUUUCUGUUCCGGCAAAUUUUGGAAAACUUUAAAUUGAAGGCAAUACAGGACAUUAACAACCUGAAGAGGUUUAUUCGACAGGCUGAAAUGAACCACUACGCCUUGUUCAAGUGUUACAUGUUCUUAAAGAACUGCGGCAGUGGAGACAUCCUUUUGAAGAUAGUUAAAGUAGAACAUGCAGAAAUGCCAGAAGCCAGAAACGUAGUGACUGUCCUUGAGGAAUUCAUGAAAGAAACAGCAGUGGCUUAAAAUUAUCUUAAUUAUCCUACAGCUGUUGGAGAGUAUUGUAUAAAUCAUUAAUUUCUUCUGUGCAGCUUAGUUUCACUACUGCAGAAAGUUUUCUUUUAAAAGCAUUACCUGAGUCAAACCUAAGUGGCAAUUUCAGCUCCUUCUCUCCCUUUAGAGAGAAAGCAGCAUGAGCUCUUUUUAAUGUGUAAAUAUCAGAUCUUAAAAAACACUACUUUCACAGCUUAACAUUCUCCUGAACUGAUGUGUUCAUCUUGUGAGAAAAUCAUUACAUUUGUGGGUUUUGUUUUGUUUUGCUUUUUUAAAGCGUUGGCAUGACAAAGGAAAGUAUUUUAAAUAUUUUAAGUAUAUUUAAAAUUAUCAUGUCUAAUAAUUAAGAUCCGUUUACUUGUUUUAGUAGAAAAAGAAGCACAAACAUUUAGAUAAAUGACAGUAAAUGAGUUCAUCUUUGUUCAUGUGAGAGACCAUAAAAAGUCUGUAGCUAGUUUCUACUUCCUACUUUCACAUCAACAGUUUUGUUCUUCUACGAUUGAAGAAACAAGUUAUUUAUUGACAGGAGACAGAAAGCCUGGGCAGGGUUUUAGGACUCAACUUAUAUGUGCUUCUGUCUGUUCAUGUAUGUGCUGGGCAGGCAUGUUAAAUUCCCAGACUAGGUUAUGAAUCCAAUUCAUUUGUUUAUAUUCUUGUGACCAAGAUCUUCUUUGUACAUUCCUAGCAUCGCUUUUGUAUAAUGAAAAUAAUUGUAUGUAGUGAAGAAUUAAUCGUGAAGAUUUUCUAGAGUCAAUAAAACUUCUUCAUAAAUUGAAAUAAACUGUCCAAAAAAGGACUGAAAACA